UCUUUUGCGCACGCAUCCAAACCUCUCCCCUCCUUCUUUCUCAAUGAAUUUUUCGCCCAGGUUCAACCCCUCCCACUUUGUGUAAGCGCUUAAUUGUCAGCCUUGACGAAAACUUGCGUAGGCUUAAAUACCGUGUGCGCCUCUUGCAUAGAGGGGUGGAACUGACCAACUUGUCCAAGCGGGCAUCUCUCUCUUGUCGUGUAAUUUUUUUUUUCCAACCUCCUCUCUCCUUGUGCGCUCGCUUUAUUUCUGCCGCCGACCGACAAGCAUGCAGGUGUCUCUGGCCCUCCUCGUCCCCAGCGCUGCGCUCCUGGUGCUCCAGGGAUGCUGCACCGCUGUGAAGGGAUGGAAGGUACUAAAAAAUGAUGCUACGGAGAUUUUACCGGAGUACAGAGAAAAUAGUCGGACACCCCAGGAGGCAACACUACAAGCGUCAAACGGCAGCAACAACAACAAUAACAACAACAACAACAACACUAUGAACAACAGGGCGAAGAACGGUGGAAGAGCUGCAAACACAGUUUCCUACAGUGCCUCGGAGCUGAGCUGUAGGGAGCUGCGUUCCACCCGUUACAUCACCGACGGAUCUUGCCGCAGUGCCAAGCCUGUCAAAGAGCUGGUGUGCUCGGGCCAGUGCAUGCCCGCACACCUCAUGCCAAACUCUAUCGUCCGCGGGAAGUGGUGGAGGAGCAGCGCCUCGGACUACCGCUGCAUCCCGGCUCACUCCCGGACACGGAGGGUCCAGCUGCAGUGUCCUAACGGCAACACUCGGACUUACAAAAUCCGUGUGGUCACCUCCUGCAAGUGCAAGCGCUUCAGGCCUCACCACAACCAAUCAGUGCCCAAGGAGGUGCCGAAGCCACAGCGCAACAAGAAACACAGUCGUUUGUCUCAAGAUCGGAGCAAGAACAACACGCCGUUGAUGGGCAACUCGUACUGAUGCUGCUCU